AUGACGACUCUUCGGGAAAUGCAGAUAGCUGCUUUAAAACAGAUGUUAAAUCUUAAUGAACCUGAGCCUAGGCCUGAAGGUAUGGUACCAGUUUUCAAACUUUUAAUCUAUGACAGAAUAGGUCAGGAUAUCAUUUCUCCGUUAAUUUCAACUAAAGAACUGAGAGAAGAAGGAGUCACUCUUUACAUGCAAUUGCACACUGACAGAGAGCCUAUUCCUGAGGUACCAGCUGUUUAUUUUUGUGAACCAACUGAUGAAAACAUCGGACGUAUUGGUCAAGAUUUACAAAAUAAAUUGUACGAUAUUUAUCAUUUUAAUUUUAUAUCUCCCCUGCCAAGAAGCAACAUGGAAGAUUUGGCUCAAGCUGCUAUAAUGGCCAACGCUGUAUCAAGUAUUCAUAAGCUCUAUGACCAGUAUCUUAAUUUCAUCACAUUAGAAGAUGAUCUUUUUAUAAUAAGACAUCAGAACAGUGAUAUUAUUUCCUAUCAUGCCUUGAAUAGAGGUGAAAUAAAGGAUACAGAAAUGGACCAAAUCAUUAACGUAAUAGUUGAAAGUUUGUUCUCGAUAUUUGUCACGUUAGGAACAGUACCCAUAAUCAGGUGUCCUAAAGGUAAUGCUGCAGAGAUGGUUGCAAAAAAGCUUGACAAAAAGCUUCGAGAAAACGUUUGGGAUGCCAGGAACACGUUGUUCCAAGGCGAAGGACUUAGAUCCAAUCAUUUUAGUUUUCAGAGGCCUUUAUUGAUUGUACUCGAUCGUAGCGUCGACAUGGCUACGGCGCUGCACCACACAUGGACGUAUCAAGCACUAGCACAUGACGUCCUAGAGCUUUCAUUGAACAGACUAGUCGUGGAAGAAAGUGCAGGCAAAUCAGCAGCUGGUGGCGCGCGUUCCAAGACUCGUGCCUGUGAACUCGACGCUACGGAUAAAUUCUGGUUGAACCAUAAAGGUAGCCCGUUCCCCAGAGUCGCUGAAGCUAUUCAGGAAGAGCUUGAGCAGUAUCGCACCUUUGAGCAAGAGGUCAAGAAGCUGAAGACAACAAUGGGUAUUGAUAACGACAGUGACGAGGCGGUAUCAAUGGUAUCCGAUAAUACAGCAAAAUUGACAAGUGCAGUGAAUUCUCUGCCACAGCUGUUGGAGAUGAAGCGGCUGAUCGACAUGCACACGACGAUAGCAACGGGUAUUUUGAAUGCCAUUAAAAAUCGAAGAUUGGAUACAUUUUUUGAAAUCGAGGAAAAGAUAAUGAGCAUGCAGACGCUGGACAGGAGUAUUCUUGACGUAAUAAACGAUCCCGAAUGUGGUAUGCCAGAGGACAAGCUGCGUCUUUUUAUUAUUUAUUAUCUGUGCACGAAUCUGUCAGAUGCUGAGUACAACAAACACGAGGCAGCGCUGUCGAACAUCGGCUGCGAUUUGAGUCCUUUGAUAUAUCUUAAGAAAUGGAGGAAUUACAUGAAAAUGGUGGGUGUUUCCAACAAUUACGAAGGUGGUGGAACGAAAACUGUUAGUAUGUUUUCCAAACUAAUGAAUCAGGGUUCUUCUUUUGUUAUGGAGGGUGUAAAAAAUCUGGUUGUUAAAAGACACAAUCUGCCUGUUACAAAAAUAGUUGACGAACUGAUAGAUAUGAAACAAUCUGCCCAAACUGAAGACUACUGUUAUUUAGAUCCAAAACAGUUGAAAUUUUCAGAUCAAGUUCCAAAGAACAAAACAGUAUUUCAAGAUGCUAUAGUUUUUAUUGUUGGAGGUGGUAACUACAUAGAGUAUCAAAAUCUAAUGGAUUAUGUAAAGCAAAAGAGUGGAGGUGGGACUAGCAAACGCGUAAUAUAUGGUUCAACGAUGCUAAUGAACGCCAGACAAUUUCUCAAACAGUUGUCUCUGUUGGGACAGGAACCUAAUUAAUUUUUUUAAACAAAUUUAUAUAAA